AUGGAACGCUACGAGAUGGGUGAGGUUUUAGGCGAAGGUACGUUCGGUAUCGUAUACGCAGCGAUACAAAAAAGCACGGGACGUCCUGUCGCUAUUAAGAAGUUUAAACGUGGCAAGUUUAAAGAUGGUGUCGAUUUUACGGCGUUACGUGAAGUGAAGCUCCAAGUGGAACUUAAACAUGUGAAUGUCGUGGAAUUACUGGAUGUUUUUGUCGCUAAUGAUACAAUAAACGUCGUAUUUGAACUCCUGCCAAGCAAUUUAGAUGACGUUAUUAAGGAUAAAGCAGUCGUGUUAACUGCUGCUGAUAUCAAAAUGUACAUGCAGAUGUUACUUCAGGGUCUUGCUUACUGUCAUGAACAUUACGUGCUGCACCGUGAUCUGAAGCCUGAGAAUUUGCUCAUUGGACCUGAUGGACAAGUGAAGAUUGGAGAUUUUGGUCUUGCUCGAGUCUACGGCAGCCCUAAUCGCAAUAUGACGUCCAUGGUGUGUACCAUUUGGUAUCGUCCACCAGAACUGCUAUUCGGAGCAAGAGAAUACAGUGGAUCAGUGGACAUGUGGGGCGCUGGUUGUGUUUUUGCUGAGCUAAUGCUUCGAAUGCCGUAUCUUACGGGUAUGAAUGAGCUGGAUCAAUUAGGCAAGAUCUUUCAUGCGCUUGGCACUCCAACAGAGAAAGAGUGGCCUGGUGUGAGUUCGCUAGCUAAUUUUGUCGAGUUUACACCUAGUGCAGCUCCAGCAUUGGCAUCAAUAUUUUUGGCGGCGUCCGAGGAUGCAUUGGAUUUGUUGGGAAAGUUGUUAAAGUACAAUCCAGCCGAGCGGAUUACUGCAGCUGAAGCGUUAAAGCAUCCAUACUUUACGAACUCACCAGCGCCUACACCGGUUGAGAAGUUGCCGUCUACAUCAUUGAAACCCUGA